AUGUCUGACAGUCACGGCUUCAGAGACACGACAAGUGCGGAAGACAUAGGGAGUACAGAUCCACAACAGGAAAAUCAAGGUCGACCGCGUAACGUGGUACUCUACGGGGAGAGUGGAGUGGGCAAAAGCUCGCUCAUCAAUCUCAUCGUGGGCCGUGAUGUAGCGAAAACAUCUCCUGACGCCCUCGCAUGUACUGCUACUCAUGCUCCAUAUGACGUGACGAUCGGCGGGCAAUGCUUCAGGCUGUGGGAUACAGCAGGAUUAAAUGAGGGCUCAAAGGGCACAGUGCCUGCGGCAGUGGCUGAGAAAAACUUGACUGCAUUCCUCCGUGGCCUAAACCAGGAAGACGGUGUCCAUCUUCUUAUAUAUUGCGUGCGCGGAACGCGAGCCACGAAGGCUCUGCGGACCAACUACAAAAUAUUCUCGGCAGUCAUCCGUGAUAGCAAAGUGCCCACCAUUGUCGUGGUGACGUGUCUUGAAGACUUCCGUCCGGUGAUGGCAGAUUGGUGGAACAGGAACAAGGACCAGCUUGCGAUGUUUGGAAUGCAUUUCUCUGGAUAUGCUUGUGUCACAACUUUGAAAGAUGAACCCACGGAGUCCCCGGAUAUUCGCCAACGUCGUGCACAGUCAUACGAUGAGACUCCUCACAGGACGUGGGGCAUUGGUAUCAAAGAUCAGCGAAGCUUCCUCUCUAGUUUACUGCAGAAAUUAGCUCGUUUUGUCGGAGCACCCAACCGUGACCAGGACGACUUAUAA